AUCCCAUUCCCCGCCGAGUGUAGUACAAUACGUACUACAUUCAUACCAUUUCAAGAGCGCAACCGGUAACGGUUGGCCAGUAUGCUGCAAGCGAAGAAGCUUUGCUGAUUGCUGCCAAAAAUACACUUAACCGACGGGAGAACAGCGUAAAAACAGCGUACACAAGUUGGUGUGGAUCACCGUUCGCAAAGGGAGUUUGAUCCCUUAAAAGCAUCCACAAAGAUCCGCAUACGUAGCACGAAGCGAAGGAGGUUGCACAGUUCGGCAGGAUGGGAAACAAAACGUCAUGCUGCUCGUACUCGAGUCCGCCGCCAACGCGCAAAGCGAAGGAAGCGCCCGUAUUCGAGGAGCACAUGCCCGAGGGUGAGCUGUCCGCUAACAAUCUGCAACACAUUUCCGAACGUGAAGGAGACGACGGUGAACAUGAUCCGUCGGUCGAUCCGUCCGCUGGCACCAUGUUCCUGGAGCGCUCGAAACAAAGUCUCGAAAAUGGCAUCACGCGCAAAAAGUCUCAGCAUCAGAUCGUACCCCAGGGUGGCGGUGGUCCCGGUGGCGGAGGAGGGGGUGGUGGUGGAGGUGGAGGAGGCGGUGGUGGUGGUGGAGGUGGUGGCGGUGGCGGUGUGCUGAAGAAGAGCAGCAGCUGUUCGACGAUCUACCUGGAUGACAGUACCGUGUCGCAGCCGAACCUGAAGAAUACGGUCAAGUGUGUGUCGUUGGCGAUCUACUAUCACAUCAAGAACCGUACCAGCGAGCGGAGGAUAGACAUCUUCGACGAGAAGCUGCACCCGCUAACGCGUGACCCGGUGCCGGAUGAUUACGAUCGGCACAAUCCGGAGCAUCGGCAGAUCUACAAGUUCGUGCGGACACUCUUCAAUGCCGCACAGCUGACGGCCGAGUGUGCCAUCAUUACGCUGGUGUAUCUCGAGCGCUUGCUGACCUACGCCGAGCUGGACAUUGCGUCCUGCAACUGGAAGCGAAUAGUGCUCGGUGCGAUUCUGCUCGCGAGUAAAGUGUGGGAUGACCAGGCCGUAUGGAACGUCGAUUACUGUCAAAUCCUGAAGGACAUUACGGUGGAGGAUAUGAACGAGCUGGAGCGCCAGUUUUUGGAGCUGCUGCAGUUCAACAUCAACGUACCGUCGUCCGUGUACGCGAAGUACUACUUCGAUCUGCGCACGCUAGCCGAAGCGAACGAUCUAUCCUUCCCGACCGAGCCGCUGUCGAAGGAGCGCGCCCAGAAGCUGGAAGCGAUGUCACGCGUUAUGCAGGAUAAGGCGACAGCAGAAGCGCUUAAAAAUGGCAUGAAGAAGUGGUCCUCGAUCGAUAACAUCCACCAGCAGGGUGGCAUCCGGCGCAGUGUUGCCAUCCUGUCGUGAUUUUCUUCCAUCCCGACACCGUCGCACGUGAGCAUGAUAACGGUGAUGGUUAUCGCAUAAAUGGCAACCCCCCACCCCGCUCCCGCCAUAACACCUGCCGACGUCGACGACAGUCCGUGGGUGCCUGAUGUCCUGGCGAUGGACGCUUGGAGAGCAGCUAGACACUGCUAUAAACUAGGCUUAGGGUGUAACUAUCGUCGUUAGUACGCAACCGCUACUCUUACUAUCGCUGUAAUUGUAAACCGAUACUGCUAUUGUAAUUAUUAUCACUCACGCUAACAACUGCAUCAUAUUUCACAAACUCUCACCGGUAAUAACUAGCCGGUCAGGAUACGCUGUUAGAACUGUAUAAUGCCGUCACCUUUGAUGCUGCGAUGGAAUCUAAUUUUCGGGUAAGGUGCACUUACACGCGAUCGUCGCGAAGGUUGAAAAGAUAACGUUGUCUAUCGUCUUUUACGUUUUAAAAAGAACAAACUUAAGUCUUCAUGUACCCACACACUCACACAUACAAACUCAUACUUACACAACUAUGGGCUCGAAAUGAAAGCUGAUGAUCAUGAGGAG